AUGACAGCCCAUCUUUCCACUCGCAGUGCAGGGACAACCCUGGAAAACCUGCCCAAAUCCAAUGUAUUCACAUCUAAGCUUCCUCCAGACGCGGCAUUUCCGACGCCGGAUGUCUCUCACAAGGCACCUAGAGAAACACUAGGGCCGCGCAUGGUGAAGGAGGCUUUGUUUACAUAUGUCCGCCCGGAGGAAGCGGAAGAGCCAGAAUUACUAGGAGUGAGUCCACGCGCAAUGGAAGAUCUGGGACUCAAGGAUGGCGAAGAGGAAAACCCAAAGUUCCGAGCUUUGGUAGCAGGAAACGAAAUCUUCUGGUCCGAGGAAAAGGGGGGUAUUUAUCCAUGGGCUCAGUGCUAUGGUGGUUGGCAAUUCGGCGCAUGGGCUGGACAACUUGGAGAUGGUCGAGCCAUCAGUCUCUUUGAAUGCCAAAACCCGGAUUCAAAUAUUCGGUAUGAACUGCAGCUUAAGGGCGCGGGAAAAACACCAUAUUCGCGCUUCGCAGAUGGUAAAGCCGUUCUUCGCUCGAGUAUUCGAGAGUACAUAGUUUCUGAAGCACUCAACGCUCUAGGCAUACCUACAACUCGUGCAUUGUCUCUUACGCUGGUAGCCAAGUCAAAGGUCAUACGAGAGCGUCUCGAGCCCGGCGCAAUUGUGGCCCGUUUUGCCGAAUCAUGGUUACGUAUUGGAAACUUCGAUAUUUUAAGGGCUCGUGGCGAUCGCGACUUGAUCAGAAAGCUGGCCACCUAUAUCGCAGAAAACGUUUUUGGCGGGUGGGAAACCCUCCCAGCCAUAGUAUCUGUGGGCGAAGGCCACUCUGCUUCAGAAACUGAUAACCCCGCAAGAGGUAUCCCAUCUGGCGAGGUACAGGGCAAAUCAGAGAUUGAAGAGAAUCGAUUUGCUCGACUAUACCGCGAAAUCUCCCGUCGAAACGCAAAGACUGUUGCUGCUUGGCAGGCCUAUGGCUUCAUGAACGGCGUUCUCAACACCGACAAUACUUCUAUCUACGGUCUAUCACUUGAUUAUGGCCCCUUCGCUUUCAUGGACAACUUUGACCCCCAGUAUACCCCAAACCAUGAUGAUCACAUGUUGCGUUAUUCUUACAAGAACCAACCAAGCAUUAUUUGGUGGAACUUGGUUCGGUUAGGCGAAUCCCUGGGAGAACUGAUCGGUGCCGGAAAGAAAGUCGAUGACGAGAAUUUCAUCAAAGAAGGUGUUAGCGAGGAUAUGGAACAGGAGCUUAUCAAACGUGCAGAAGCCAUUAUCGACCGAACAGGCGAAGAGUACAAGGCAGUCUUCCUAGCCGAGUAUAAGCGGUUGAUGUGUCAAAGACUUGGCCUCAAGACGCAGCAGGAGUCAGAUUUCCAGGACCUUUUCUCCGAGAUGCUCGAUACCCUAGAGGCUUUAGAAUUAGAUUUCAAUCAUUUCUUCCGCCGUCUAUCAGGGCUGAGUGUAUCAGAGUUAGAGACUGAGGAUCAGCGAACCAAAGCAGCAGCGGUCUUCUUCCAUGAGGACGGAUUUGGGGGAAUAGGCUACACUGAUGAAACAGCCAAAGCGCGCAUUGCCAAGUGGCUGGAUAAUUGGCGCGCCCGGGUGCUCGAGGACUGGGGUGCUGGCAACGACGAGCAGAGACAGAGGGCUAUGAAGGCUGUGAAUCCAAAUUUCAUUCCUCGAGGAUGGAUUCUGGACGAAGUCAUUGAACGAGUGGAACGUAAAGGAGACCGGGAUGUACUGGGCCGGGUGAUGCAGAUGAGUCUGAAUCCUUUCCAAGACAAAUGGGGUCUUCUGGAGGAAGAAGAGCAGCGUUUUUGUGGCGACGUUCCCAAGUACAAGAGAGCAAUGAUGUGUAGUUGCAGUUCAUAA